GCGUUCAAUUGUAAUGUAUGUGUUGUACUAUAGGUGAUGAUUUUAUUAAAUGUGUAUAAAUCUGCAUAUAUAAUAUAUGAAAGUAAUUUACAGAGGACAUCCAGGUUGGAAUCCCUAACAUCUCCAUGAGGAACUGCGUUUGAAUACGGGGCGCACGGGAGCGAGCAGGAGCGCGUGCACUGCGCGCGCCCACACGGAAGAGGAGCACACGGGCGGGCUCAGCAGCAGCAAGAAAGAUGGAGGUCCGACCUGACAGGUUCAAGGCGGUCGCGGCCAAAACUUUGGGCAGAAUUAACAGGUUGAUUGACAAGCAGCAGCCCAAUGGAGAAACCAUCGAGCUGUCCGCGGAGGGCCGCCCCGAGCUGGUUCAGGAGAAGGAACUACCCGUGGUGGAUUGUACCUGCUUCGGUUUACCCAGGCGUUACAUCAUCGCCAUCCUGUCCGGCCUGGGCUUCUGCAUCUCCUUCGGGAUCCGCUGCAAUCUGGGCGUGGCCAUCGUGAGCAUGGUCAACGACCACACCGUCUACAAAGGCAACAAGGAAGUACUGGUGGCUGCACAGUUCACUUGGGACCCGGAGACGGUGGGAAUGAUCCACGGAUCCUUCUUCUGGGGAUACAUCGUCACACAGAUCCCCGGAGGUUUUAUAUGUCAGAAGUUUGCAGCCAACAGAGUGUUUGGCUUUGCCAUCGUGGCCACGUCCACCCUCAACAUGCUGAUCCCAUCUGCCGCUCGCUGCCAUUACAGCUGCGUCAUACUGGUCAGAAUAUGUCAGGGCCUUGUUGAGGGCGUGUCGUACCCAGCCUGCCACGGGAUUUGGGCCAAGUGGGCUCCUCCGCUGGAGAGAAGUCGAUUAGCCACGACGGCCUUUUGCGGAUCGUAUGCAGGGGCGGUGGUGGCCAUGCCUUUAGCUGGGAUAUUGGUGCAAUACACUGGGUGGCCUUCUGUAUUCUACGUCUAUGGCAGCUUUGGGAUAUUCUGGUACUUGUUCUGGAUCCUGGUGUCGUACGAGAGCCCCGCCGCCCAUCCCACCAUUUCACCGGAGGAGAGGAAGUACAUUGAAGAUGCAAUCGGGGAAUCUGCGACGUUUCUCAACCCUCUCCAGAAAUUUAAAACGCCGUGGAAACACUUCUUCACCUCCAUGCCGGUCUACGCCAUCAUUGUGGCCAACUUCUGCAGGAGCUGGACUUUCUACCUGCUGCUCAUCAGCCAGCCCGCCUACUUUGAAGAAGUUUUUGGUUUUGAGAUCAGCAAGGUGGGCUUGGUGUCAGCUUUGCCUCAUCUCGUGAUGACCAUUAUUGUUCCCUUGGGAGGCCAGUUGGCCGACUACCUCCGUACACACAACCUGAUGACCACCACCAACGUCAGGAAGCUCAUGAACUGUGGAGGUUUUGGGAUGGAGGCCACCCUCCUGCUGGUGGUGGGUUAUUCCCACACAAAAGGUGUUGCCAUCUCCUUCCUGGUCCUCGCCGUGGGCUUCAGCGGCUUCGCUAUCUCAGGUUUUAACGUCAACCACUUGGACAUCGCCCCUCGCUACGCCAGCAUACUGAUGGGCAUCUCGAACGGGGUGGGGACAUUGUCAGGAAUGGUGUGUCCUCUCAUCGUGGGAGCCAUGACUAAACAUAAGACACGUGAGGAGUGGCAGUACGUCUUCCUUAUAGCGUCUCUGGUUCAUUACGGAGGCGUCAUUUUUUACGGACUAUUUGCAUCGGGAGAAAAGCAGGAUUGGGCCGACAUCGAGGACACCAGCGAGGAGAAAUGCGGCAUCAUCGACGAGGACGAGCUGGCCAACGAGACGGAGGAUCUCUACCGUGGAGGCGGCCAGUACGGCGCCAUGAGCCAACAGGUUGUCGGUAGAAACGGCGGUGGCGGCGGCGGGGCCGGAGGAGGCGGUGACGGAUGGGUUUCGGACUGGGAUAAAUCAGAGGAGUACGUGCAACCGCCUGGAUACAACUCAUGAAAAUGAAAAAGGAGAACAGGAAGAACUUUUUUCUGUGUGGACGUGUGUGUGUGUGUGUGUGUGCGUGUGUGUAUGUCAGUGUUACACAAUAAACACAUACAGUAGGAAAUAACUUGCACCGCCGCCACAAUGCAAAUGAUGUCAUCAUGUCAUGAUAAAUAGUCAUGACCCCCCCACACACACACACACACACACCCGCAAAUGACGCAAAAAGGUACUUAUUUUAAUAAUAUUAGAUUUUAAGAGACUAUAUUUUCUCCACCGUAAUUUUCCAAGAAUUACAACUUUAUAAUUUUAUGGCUUCUUAACGUCUUAAAAAUAAUUUUUUUCUUUAAUAUUUCAACAUUUCACUUUUUUCCAUGUUUUUUUUUUAUUUUUCUCAAAUAAUUUGUUGUCUCAUAACAUUAUUAUUUAAAAAAAAAAAAAUCUUUCUUUCAUAUUUUAACUUUAUGGUACUAAAAUUACAUUACUUUUUUCUAAUAAUAUUACAAGUUUAUUCUCACAAAAUUGCAACUUUUUCCUCUUAAUAUUUUGAAUUGAUUGUCAUAAAAUUACAGCUGUUUUUUUUAACCAUUUCUGCUGCUUAAUUUUCAUUAUAUUUCAACUUUUUCUUGUAAAUGUUUUUCUAGUAAUAUUAAAUUUUAAAAGACGUUAUUUUCUCCAACCUAAUUUUCCAAGAAUUACAACUUUAUAAUUUUAUGACUUCUUAAAUAUAAAAUAUUUUUCUUUAUUAUUUCAACACUAUGGUAAUAAAAUGAGAAUAUUUAUUUCUCAUAAUAUUAUGUGUUUAUCUUGUAAAAUUGCUACUUUUUUCUCUUAAUAUUUUGACUUUAUUCUGAUAAAAUUACAGCUGUUUUUUUUUUCAUUUCUGCUGCUUAAUUUUCAUAAUAUUUCAACUUUUUCUUGUAAAUUUUCUUCUGGUAAUAUUAGAACUUUAUUUUCUCCAAACUAAUUUUCCAAGAAUUAAAACUUUAUAAUUUUAUGACUUCUUAACGCCUUUAAAAAUAUCAUUUUUCUUUAAUAUUUCAACACUAUGGUAAUAAAAUGAGAAUAUUUAUUUCUCAUAAUAUUAUGGGUUUAUCUUGUAAAAUUGCUUUUGACUUUAUUCUGAUAAAAUUACAGCUGUUUUUUUUUUCCAUUUCUGCUGCUUAAUUUUCAUAAUAUUUCAACUUUUUCUUGUAAAUUUUCCUCUCAUAAUAUUAGGACUACUUAUUUGCGGUAUUACGUGUGCGUAUUUCACACAUGUGCCGUCUCGAUAUGACGCUCGCCUGAGUCUGACCUAACUAGGUCAUGCCCAUCUAUAGGCUCAUGGGUCACAAGGCACGCAUUCCCGAGUAAAUCAUCCGACACUCCGGAUUCCAUAUUGAGCUGGAAUGUCUGUUUUUCUAGUUCCUAAAAAGGCGGCCACAUUGGAAACAUAUAUAUGUGUGUGUGUGUUUGUGUGUGCGUGUGUGUGUGAUAGUGACAUUACUGUUGUGUUGGUUGGGUACAGGUGCUGAAACAUUGUGCAGUGAGCAUGUUGUAAUGAGCACAGUCGUGCACCCCCCCCCCCCCCAUCCUAUCCCCAUUCUCCUUUAACACACACACACACACACACACACAAGGUGGUCACACUCAGCAGCUUUAGAACCACACACACUUAAUGAAACAUAUCAAACAAAAAAAGAUAGUAUUAUAUAUAUAUAUAUAUAUAUGCCCUUUAAAAGCAGUGUCCUGUACAUAUCGGUGCAGUGGCAGCUGGGUAAUGUAGUCAAAGGGAGAUCUGUGCACCAGCACAUAGACACAGCCGGCCGGCAAACUCAGGACAGGAAGCUUGUUUAUGUGCACGAAAAUACACAUUUAGUGAGGAGCAAAAUUACACUACAGGAAUGUUUUUUUUUUUAUUUUUUUAUGAGUUUUAUUUUGAAAAUGCAACAUAAUGAUAUGAAUGAUGAUACUCCCUGUGAAAAUGUUCAGUUGUCAGUGUCGUAUCAGUGUGUUUUCUUCUUCGUCUGACUUUAUUCCACUGUCGUCUUCCUUGCUCCUGAUGAGAUGUGUUCAAACUUAAUACGAAUCAAUGUAAAAAAAAAAACCCAAAUGAAAUAUUUUAAGAUGCAAAAAAAAAUGUUGUGUACAAAGGAUGUGAAUGUGAAAUAUCCUUGUGUAUAUUAAAAUUUAGGCAACAAUGUAAUGAUCACAUUUUAUUUCACUAUGACUUUAUUU